GAGACGCGGGCGCCCACUCUGGGUAUCUCUGCCGUUGGGAGGCUGAGGGCUGGUUUCCAGGCGAGCCGAGAGCCCUUGGCUGCAGAGGGAGACUGGGGACGGUGUGUGCAGCGCUGUCACUCUGCCCUCCGCUCUCCCUCCCCCUCCCAUCCCCCUCUGGCUCUCCCCUCCCCCCCGCGCCUCCUGGCCCGACCCGGUGCGCUGAUAAAAGAAAAGGCUGUUUGCUCCGAGGUGCAGAGGGAUCCCAGCCGGACCUGCCAUGGGGCGCGCAGGCUUCAGGGCUCCGCUGCUCGCGCUGGCGCUGCUGCUGCUCCCGCAGCCCACGGCCCACUUCUGGCUCUUCAAUGUGCUCUUCCCUCCCAGCGCCAUGCCAGAGGCAGCCCCCUCCAACAGCACCCCGCCCGUGGUACUCGUUAUUCAUCGGUCCCUCUUCCUCCGCUGCGCCCUCGGCCUGUCCCGCUUCCUGUGCCGCUCCCUGCACUGCGCCCCCGGCCUCUCCCUCUUCCUGAGCCGCUUCCUGCACUGCGCCCCCGGCCUCUCCCUCUUCCUGCGCCGCUCCCUGCAGAGCUGGGAAGACCACCUGAGGCACGUAUCAGCCAUACUAAAAGCCCUUCAGGAGGCAGGGCUCACAGCCAACCCAACCAAAUGCUGGCUGGCCCGGCGAGAGGUGACCUACUUGGGCUACCAAGUAGGAGUGGGGCGGUUGAGACGACUCAUUGACAACAUGCAGGCCCUGGCUCAGUGUGCCACCCCCAUGACAAAACACCAGGUACGGCGCUUCCUCGGCCUCGGGGGCUACUACCAGCACUUCAUACCCAACUUCGCUACCAUCGCAGUGCCCUUGACAGACCUGGCAAGGAACACCAACCCAAGGAAGGUCCCAUGGGUCAGGAAGCUAGUGGUGUAUAACCGCAGCACCGGCAAGAUGUCCAAUGCGCCUGGGGUGCAAAUCCGCGUGCCCGGCUUUGGCAAGACCUACUCCGUGGAGUACCUGGACAAGAGCAAGCUGGCAGGUUACCUACACACCCUGGUGCAGAACCUGGUGAACAACGGCUACGUGCGGGACCAGACGGUACGGGCUGCCCCCUACGACUGGAGGAUUGGGCCCAACCAGCAGCCCGAGUAUUUCCAGAACCUGAAGGCGCUGAUUGAGGAGAUGCACGACACCUACCAGAAACGGGUCUUCCUGCUCGGACACAGCCUGGGCAACCUCAACAUCCUCUACUUCCUGCUGCAGCAGCCCCAGGCCUGGAAAGAUCGGUUCAUCGCGGGCUUCAUCUCCCUCGGUGCCCCCUGGGGCGGGGCCGUCAAGUCCAUGCUCGUCCUGGCCUCCGGAGAUAACCAGGGCAUCCCGAUGGUCACAAACAUCAAACUGCGUGAGGAGCAGCGCAUGGCCACCACAAGCCCCUGGAUGUUCCCGACCAACAUAGCCUGGCCCGAAUCACACGUCUUUAUCUCCACGCCAUCCUACAACUACACGUACCGGGACUACCGGCGCUUCUUCCUCGACGUCAACUUUGAGGAUGGCUGGUACAUGUGGAACGACACCAAGGACCUGCUGAAGGGGCUGCCUCCUCCUGGCGUGGAGACCUACUGCCUCUACGGCACGGGCUUCCCAACAGUGGAGACCUACAUCUACGAUGAGCACUUCCCCUAUGAGGACCCCGUGGACGUGGUCUAUGGGGACGGGGACGACACCGUCAGCACCCGCAGCAUGAAGUUGUGCAGCCGCUGGGCCAAGCAGCAGAAGCAGCGAGUGCAUGUGAUGGAGCUGCCGGGAGUGGAACACCUCAAUAUGGUUUUCGACAACCAAACACUGAGCUACAUCAACGAGAUACUGCUGGGCAGCUCCCAGGCCAGUGCGGAGGAGCAGGGAGGGCAAAAGACCCUCUUCCCACCCAACCCAGAGCCAACACGGGCCAGGAAGAACCUCUCUGGUCAGAGGGCCACUAAGAACCCCAAAAUGAACUGAAGGCAGCGGGGGUCAGCUUUGCUCCCGACCGACUGCCCUCCAGCAAAGGGUUCAAAUCCGAGUGCGUGUGGAGGGCAAAGCAGCACCCACUCCUGCUAUGACUGGCUUUUGUGUUGUGAAUGGUGAUUAAUUACACAGUAGAGGCUUGUUACUUGCAUAUUA